UUUAUAUUACAAGCUCUUCACACAACAUCUUUUCUAUAAAAACAAAACAAAAGAAGACAAAUUGAUUUCGGACUUGCCACUGUUUAUGGAAAACGAUGUAUGUAAAAGUAUACAACAUGAUAACAUGAUUGUUUACAUUCGUUUAUUCGUUGCGAAAAUUCGAAUUCAAAGAAAAAGAAAUUCGGCACGCGUGUUAAAUUGUGAAAAAUUUGUAUUCUAAUUAAAUUUGGUUAUAUUUUAUGAAAAAAGUGAUUAAAAACGUGAUUAUAAAAGUGGUCCAUAUAUAAUUUGAAAAGAUGGAAAAUAUAUUUGACGAAAUUGACUUGGAGGAUUGUCCAACAACGUCUUCAACUCCCGCAAAAGACCAAUUACAUUUAAAGCGUAAAAAGUUUAACACGUCUGGUUGCUACAAUACAGAGGUCAACAUUUCAAAACGACCUGUGGAAGGAAACGAGGUUAUUGCCAUUUUAACCACUAUUUCCAAACAGCUUGACGAUUUGACGACGAGGGUAUGCGAUUUGGAAACUAAAAUCGAUAAGCAUUUAAAGAAAAUAUUAUUCAUAAAAGUGAAGAAAUGGCGCAGCAAAAAACCGUUCGUGAAUGCAAGGUCCUCAUCCGCAAAAUUCAUCAAUCGGUAUGCCGAAUGACUGGUAAAGAU